ACCUCCCUCCUCCCUAGGCCCGACACGCUGCCUCCUCCCCCGGACAGCCCACACUAAAUGACGGUCGUACCAUCCGGUGCUACUACGCCACUUUAGCAGCAACCGGACCCCCGCGCGAACAACACCCAGCCGGUAGACCGGGAGGCAGGCGACGUUCUUCCGAAGCUAUCGACUCGACCCGGCUAUGUUGAGCCAGGAGCGGAACAUUUAGACUCAUUUCCAAGCAGCUUUUCUCUCUCCGCUUGACCGAGGAUGAGCACCACCGCGGCGGCCACCGGAUCGGCUUCUUGUCGCUUUGCCCACUACUUCGUCGUGUGUGGACUGGACCCGGAGACAGGCCUGGAGCCGGAUGAUGGAGCAGGAGAGAGCUUUGAGCAAAGUCCAAUCCACCGCUCCUUCAAAUCUAGGCUUCUGGUCCACUACCCCAAGAGUACAGACAGGAACCCCUUCAAUAAGGAUGCAGUUAACAUGCUCUGCAUGCCAAGGGGUCUGUCUUUCCGCACUCAAGUUGAUUGCCUGGAGUCUCACUUCCACUCGUUCACUGUUGGCUUUGAGGAUGGUUCGCGCUCCUAUGGCUUUGUCCACACCUUCUACGAGGAGGUGAUGGGUGCGCAGAUCAUCACAGCCAUGCAGACCCUUCACAGGAUGCACCACGUGGAGCACCACUCCGCUUCCUCUUCGUCCGCCUCCUCGUCCGCAUCCUCGCCAUCCACCUCCAGCAUGGACUCGCUGGUGAGCAGCCUGGAUGAGUCGGACGGCGAGUCUCUAGCCACCGCCAACGCCGCCGCCACCUGUCUGGGUUGCACCGGCUCCUUCGACCCGUCUCAUGACACGCUGUAUGUGUCCAAAGCCCUCUGCCUCCUUACGCCGCUCCCCUUCCUUGGAGCGUCUCAACACUUCUUGUCUCAGCUGCACCAGGCCGUCGCCUCCCAAACGGCACCACCUCUACCGCUGGAAAGCUACAUCCACAACAUCCUCUAUGAGGUUCCCCUGCCACCGCCCGGCCGAUCGCUAAGGUUUCACGGCGUGCAAGGCCCCAUCUUGUGCCAACGGCCUGGCUCCUGUGAGCUUCCGCUCGCAGAGUAUCCUCUGGGAGAAGCCUUCUCUCUGCUCGGUGUGGAUAACAUGGUGCAACUGGUUACCUGCUCACUCCUGGAGACGCAAAUACUGCUCUACUCUCAUGACUACCAGCGCUUGAUGACAGUGGCUGAGGGCAUCACCACAUUGUUGUUCCCAUUCCAGUGGCAGCACAUCUACCUUCCCAUCAUUUCCACACCUUUACACCACCUGCUGGAUGCUCCUGUACCCUUCCUAAUGGGCAUCCAGCGCAGGGAUGAUGCUCAGCGACCCUCCCUCCACCUGCCGCACGAGGCCAACCUUUGCUUUGUGGACAUUGACAACCACUGCAUUGAUUCUCCGGAGGGUCUCCCCGCCUUUCCGGACCAAGCUGAGCUGGUACGGGAACUGAGUGACAUCUUGCAGCAUUUCGGGGUCCCCCUGCAGGGAGGCACCCUUACAAAGCCCACCCCGGCCUCUCCUCAUCUGAGUAGCCUGGUCCUGGAGGAUCUAAUGGAAGACAGAACGAACGGAAACCUCAGAGGCGAAGAACUGGAGGUGCUGGAGAGGCUACAGGCUCUGGCUUGGAGAUGCGGAGGAGACAAGAUGUUGGGUGAAGGGAAGACGCUGGAACGCGUGUGGAAGGAGGAAGAGGAGGCUAUGAGUGAGGCGAAGAUGAACAUUCAACUUCGGGAGGUGUUUGCUGGACGCUUCGCUACAUUGUUCAGCCGCUAUGAGGAGUUUGUGAUCCACAGUGCACUUGAUUUGGAUUCCUGGAUGAGUAACCGCGAGGGAAUGUUCAACUUUGACAAGGGUGCCUUCCUCUCAGCUCAACCUGUGACCCACUUGCACUUCCUGUCCCGCUUCCUGGAGACGUCCAUGUUUUCAUCUUUUGCCGACGGCAAGGUGAUCUCUCGCUGGGCUGACCGCGAGCCACUGCAACAGCUCUUUGACAGCCGCCUGGAAAGGGAGCGACUCUACGACACGGACCAAGUCGACUCUCCCGGCAGUCACUACAGGAAAUGCUCCACCCUUUUUGAGUCAGCUCAGGCCAUUGAGCGCCGGCUCCUGAAGGCCGACCACACUGCCAUACACCCGCACCUCCUGGACAUGAGGAUCGGCCAGGGUCGCCACCAGCCGGGCUACUUUCCCAAGCUGCAGGCCGAUGUUCUCAUACACUCGCAAAGCAUCAACAAGAGGCGAUCCAGUCGUGUCACACCAUCCCGCAUAUGCGAUACCAAGAGAAUGUCAGCAGCAGGAGAGCUCUCUGCACCAGAUGGUGAACAAAGACAGAAGCACUCAUUGGCAAGGAAGCAUCUUAACCAGCUGAAAUUUCUGGACAUGUCGCCUCAAGUCAUCGCUCAGACCCACAGGGAGUUUGUUCAAGGGCUGCUGAGUGAGUGUCGAUUGAAGACCAAACGUAUGUUGAUGGAGAGGAUGGGGAAGGAGAGUGUGGAAGUGGGUCAGGGGGAGGCCAACAUUACUGGCCUGCAGGAGAACACGCUGAUUCACGGUCUGUGCGACCUACUGGAAAGAACCUGGGGCCACGGUCUGCAGAUGAAACAGGGCAAAUCAGCUCUGUGGUCGCACCUGCUUCAUUUCCAGGCAACCUUGGAGAAGACAGAGGUGCCUGCUGAGACUCCAGGUGCAGAGCAGAGAAAAUAUGACGAUGGCGGUGUCCUUCUAAGAGGAUCCUUAGUCCAAGAUAUGAGGUUUAUCCAAACAAUGAGUGAGGGUCUGUCUGAGGUGGGACAAGCCCGGGCCUGGAUCAGCUUGGCCCUGGAGAAGAAGAUGCUCUCACAACACCUUAAAGAGCUACUUACAAAUCAGGAGUUGCUUAGACAGUUAUACAAGCCUCACGCUUUCCUUCUGUGCGAGGAAGAAAGAGAACAGUUUCUAUUCCAUCUUCUCUCUCUCAACACAGUGGACUACCUCUGCUUCACGCACGCCUUCGCUUCUAUCAACAUUCCCUAUCGUGUCGCCAUCAUCCCCAUGAAGAAGCUGAGCAUCGCCAUGGCGACUGUCAACCCAUGGGUGUGUGUGUCUGGAGAAAUGGGAGAUUCGGGAGUGAAACAGAUCCCCAAGAAUACCCAAGAGAUUUUUUUUGAGUGCAAGAACCUGGGCCGACUGAGCACUUUGCAGCUGGGACAGGAGAACUCGGGCCUGCUGGCCAAGUGUCUCAUUGACUGUGUGAUGGUCUACAAUGAGAUCACGGGCCACACAUACAAGUUCCCUUGUGGUCGAUGGUUGGGGAAAGGCGUGGGUGACGGCAGCCUGGAACGAAUCCUCAUUGGUCACUUGGUAUCACCUGGUGGACAGGAGGAUUCCGGAAGAUGGACUGGGACCCCGCCAGAGUUGGCCUCACCCUCCCAAGGUGUACGAGCUGUGUUGGGAUCCCUUGGAAACCGGGCGAGAGUGUUGUCUGUUGAAGUCCAUGAAGACAUGCGGGAGGCAGCUAAUAACCUUGUCAAGCACUUUCACAAACCUGAACAAGAGAGAGGCAACCUGACCAUGUUGCUAUGUGGCGAGGGAGGACUGGUUCCCUCUUUGGAGAAGUUCCUCCUCCAUGGCUUCAAGUCUAGCCGUCUUUUCCAGAGAAAUGUGUUUGUUUGGGACUUUGUGGAGAAGGCUGUGGUUUCCAUGGAGACGGCUGACCAGCUGGGCCACCCGCCAUGCUCCAGGUUGAUAAAGGAGCCGCCUUGCGACUUGCUCUGCCACUACGUCAACUCCAUUAGCGCCUCGCCGCGAAAUAUUGGAAAAGAGGGCAAGUUCCAGCUGUUGGUUUGCCUGGGAGUCAGGGACCGUCUCCUCUCCCAGUGGCUUCCCCUUCUAGCCGAGUGUCCCCUAACGUCACGUACCUACGAGGACGGCGCCCUGAUGCGCGACCGCGCGGCCGUGUGCUCACUCUCUCGCAUCUUGCGCACACUCAACGAGUUCGCCAUCACGCUGGAGACGUCGCUGGUCAAGGGCGUGGUCCUCUGACACAUCAUAGAGGACGUUGCCACGCAGACUUCUGAACUCCUUGUUUGCUGUUAAAAAAAAAAAAAGGCCCCCGUGGACGUGAAUGAUGCCAUGUGAGCUCCAAACCUUUUGCCUUGUAAAUGUCUUUACACACUGUAUCUGCUUCGGGAAGUAGUCAGAUUCUCCUUUGUGUGAUUACACUGUGAAAAGAAAAAAAAAAAAAACGCAAAACAAGCUUUGGACAGAAGUUGUCAUUCACAAGUUCACAUGGACAGACUGUUUGUUUUCCUCAUAUCGUGUGCAUGCUCAGAAAAAAAGUACAUUGUCGUAUCUUUGUGGGGCUUACUUGUCAUAUGGCCGCUACCCUUAAAAAUACUGCUCUUGGACCCUUGACACUUCACUUUUACAAUUUCAGGACAUAUCGUAACUCUUACCAAAUCAAGCCAUAGCAGUACAUAAAAUGCGAAUUAAAAAAAACACAACAAAAUAUAAAGAAAGUAAAGAAAUAAACUGUUUUUCUAAAGGCGGACCACUUUCUGUGUACUGAUUGAUCUAAAUACAUCACAAUACGACUUUAUCGACGUAGCAUUUCACAACAGCUGCAACUGUAACAAAGCACUUUACAUAUAAACCUUGUCGGAACCCACGAUGGAGGGGGUAUGGCGAUUCUGUAUUUACUUGUUAUCCAAGAGAAAACCGAGGGCAACAAAAAGCAGCGCUGCAACAAAGGGGAGGCUGCGAUGUUCAGAACUAAUGCACAGGCAUAACCAGCAGAAAAAUUAAAGGCAUGUCCAAAAUUAAAGUCGAGUGUCAAGGGGACAAAAGCAUGAACUGGGUAACAUCCCAGAGUCAAACAAUACAGCACACAAUUGUUACAAUUACAAUAAGUAAUAAGUAAUAAACUUCAUUUAUUUCACUGGUUCAAUUCAAGAAGUGAAACUCGUAUAGAUCUCUAUUUCAUGAGGUUUUUUUUUUUUUUUUUUUUACAUUUUGGCGAUUGAAAACCCCCACAUUCACCAUCUCAGGAACUUAUACUAUUACAUAGGAACUGGAAUCAAAAGGUUUUUGAAUGUAGGAAUACAGUGAAGCUUUCCCUGUUUAUUGCAGGGUGGAUAUUCUAGACUCAGCCGCAAAAAGCUGAAAUAUAGAGACAUCAUGAACAAAUGCAGAAUUGUUAAAAGCACACUUAAACUGAUGAAAAUACAUUUUUUUACUGUAUUGCAAACAAUUUUGAAAAAUUGAGAGCAUAAACGUACAGAUCUUUCUGAACAUAUUAUGUACAUAUUAUCGUUUAAGUGCUAUGAGGAUGCGGCGCCUGGCGUGGUGUCCUGUUACGUUUGCAUGUGAGUGACCACUUAUGAGCUCUGGCUGACAGCACCUCCUGUGCAAGUCUGUUCUGAGUGCCUUUUUCUAUUCUCCUGGCAUUCACUCAAGAGCUGAAAAGCGCAUCGAGAACUGACUCUCCUUUCAACAUGCGAUAACAUGCGAAUAAUUAAGUAAACUGUGUGAACCAAUUAAAAAAAAGUCACUUCAAAAUCCCGCGAUAUUGGCCUUCUGAUAAGUAUGUUUGUGCAUUAGUGAACUUAACACAGUGAUUCUCAAUGUUUUGCACAAUAGAAUCACUGCCUAAAUACAGUUCAGUUGUUAACUUUCAAGUUCAAUACAUUUGCAUUUAUUAUAUAACAACUGUUUCUUUUAAACAUGUAUUUCAUUAGCUAGGUACCAUUUUUAUUCAACUUUAAAGUGUAAUACAAUUUAAUUGGCUCAGUAGUCUUUUUUUAAGCCCAGUGUUUAUGUUCAGACAUGAACACAUUCUUAAUUGCACAUUUAGGAGUAAAGUCUAGUUUUUGAUGACAUAUUUUUCGGGGGUACUUUUUGUUUAAAAUGUUUGACAACCUCAGGUUGAAUAUGAAUUUCACUUUUCAAUUUGAACUAAUGAAAUAAGUGGACUUUUUAAAAAACACUCUAAUGCACAGGUGUCAAAGUCGAGGCCCCGCUAGCCUGAUCUGGCCCUCUACGUCAUUUUAUGUGGCCGGCGGGAGCAAAUCAUGUGUGUCAACUUGCAUGAUCCUUGCUGAAAUCUGUACCGAAAUGUCAAACUCUCAUGGGUAAUAAAUAACAUUGAGAUUUUGCACUGGCCCUCCGAGGGAAGCGGUAACUCCGAAGUGGCCCGAGACAAAAAAUUAAUUUGGCACCCCUGCUCUAAUGCAAUGAAAUGCACCAAUAAUGUGCUUUUUUUCCUCAAGCGUGUACUUAACCUUGAAAGUGUUAACUCUCCUCCAACUGCUAUUGCUCUCACGCUCUUAACUUUAAAAUGAAACGCAUGCAUGGCCAGUCUGUUUGGUUUGUCUCUAGUGUGUUGUGAUCCCAACUAUCGGGUCUUGGGCCUUAUUUGCUUAUUCCCGCGCCAAAGGGGCGCUUUGUUCCCUCUGUGUUGCGGUUUGCUAUGAUGCUGUUGUUCUUAUUAUAUCUGCUCUGGUAACUUCACUUUUUUGUGUUGAUCAGACUCAGAAUAGUUCAAGUCUGUUCUCCACUUCUCUUCUUGUUGUAAAUAUGUUAGUCUCAUCGCAUAAUCUCUCAAUGUUGUGACAUGUUUUCCGGUUCAAAGGCAUCAGGUUCGUGUCCAAACUAUAGAUUAUUAUCCUGUGGAUGGUGGUACUGCUUUUUGUCUGACAUAAAAGUGUUAAAUAGAGAGCACCAGCUCCUAAAAAAACAAACAAAAUACAACAGUAUUAAACCGUGACCCCCUGUUUGUCAUAAACGUAUUAAACACACUUUUAAAAGUAUUCCUUAGCGCCUGUUCGCACAUGCUUGCUGUCAAGAAAUGGAAGACGACCAUAUAACAUCACUUAGAAGAAGAAACGGAAAGGAGAAUACUCGCUCACUAGCGCAGCUCUCCAGAUAAGAAAUUGUGUGCUUGCUUCAAGCUGUUUCCUCAUCACUCCCAGUUGACAUUUACUGUAAAAUUGGCAUAAAGCAAAAGAAAUAUUAGACAUUGGACAUUCGAAAUGGUCAGCCAGCCCAUAUAAUUUCGUCACGAGUCCAAUGCUAACAUAUAAUGUUCCAGUCAUUGUAACCUUUCAAACGACUCCUUUCACAUAUGGAGCAUAAUUGCCCAGGUAAUUUUUCAAAAUUUUCAGAAAACAAUAAGAGUUCAGUUGCCUCGUAUAACCUUUGCACAAGAAUAGAUGUGAACACACACAUGCACUGAAGCCAUGCAAAUCCGAAUGCGGAUUUGCCUGUACUGUAAACCACCCACAUCCCGUUAAAACAAAUGAUCGCUUAAAAGUCCAUGAUACAGUGAGGGUUCACUGUAUUACGUUUCAUUUACUAGUGAAGAAACACCAUCUUUCUCCUGCACUGCCGCGCAAGCACUAUGUCGCUAUUGUCAUUUAAAUACAGAUUAGAGAGAGCAAUAAAUGAAGGUUAUUUAUGAAAAUGUGACGUCUCAAAUUAAAGUUACUAAUAAAACAAGUUGAAUGCA